CUUGCUCCAUUAAUAUUCAAUUUGUGAAAACAAGAAUCCCAAAGUGGCUGUCGAACGACAUACGAGUACAGCUAAAAUGUCAAGCGUAAACGACAGACGGUAAUUAACCGUUUAGUAAGCUGUAAGAAUAUCAACCCAUUUCUCUCAACCAAAACACUCGUAAAUUUUGAGAUCUCGCAUGAAUAUCACGUGACCAACUUUAACAGAGUUGUUUUUCGGGCAUGAUGGCGCCAAAUGUGUCAUUCAGUAUUCUGUCUAGUAUAUCAUUCGCAGAUUUCUGAUUAGCUGACGUAAUUGGCAAUUGUUCAUACAUAUACAUGGUUUUAGACAGAAUUCAAGAUCACUAAAUGUAUUUGCCGAUUGUCAGCAUAUAUUUCCUAAAUUCUUGAUGUACAAAAUCACUGUGGGAGUUAUUUUCAUUGGCAUACUUAAGAACAGCCCAGGAAGCGUCUUGAAUACAUUGUAGAAUUGUUUUUCAGUAUCACUAUGGCAAUUGAAAGGUUGUAACACUUGGGAGGAGGUGUGCGUUUUGUUGUCAGUGAAAGCAGAAUGUCUCAGCGGGGAAAAAGACAGCCAAACAGGACAGAUGACGGGCCUGCGCCAACAAAGCGUCGGAAGUGCCGACCAACCCCAACACCUACUUUGGCUGAGGAUGAAGAAGUGGCCACCUUGGUUGCGACUCCUGCAGCUGCUGCUGAUGAUGUUGCUGUUGCUGCUCAAACUGGCACUGGGUGGACUCCGAAGCCUCUCAAUGACCUUAAAAUCUCCAGCAUAUACAAUCGCUGUGCUUCUGAAGCGCCAGCUGAGAUUGAAAAAUGGUUUCCAAGAGGCUGGUUUUUUCAAGAUGAGCACCCUGUCAUACCGCUAAAUCUGUUCAAAUUCCUGGUGGACAUUACGGCUCCAGUUUUGGCUUGGCCUGGCAACUCAUCAUAUAUGAUCCUCAUUGAAAAUGUGUGGAGUGUCCUGAAGAAAGCAAUAACAAAAGAAGAGAUCACUGACAGAACAUGCUUUGUGGAGAAUAUAAAAUGGCUUUGAGGAGAUGAACUGAAAGACGUUGCAAAGUAAUGCAUUGAUUCAAUACAAUGUAUCAAAAUUGAUUUGAAAUUUCAAGGAGAUUCAUUAAAUAUUGAUAACAAUAUAGAACAAUUAAGCUGGUAAACAUUUUAUGUAAUGCUUAGUUGUAUUUGUUUAAGGAACGUUAAUGUAUCAUAACGUAAUAAACAUAUUUUCAUAGUAAAUAUUAUGUUUUAUGGGUGGUUCAGUAUUAUAUUUGGUCAGGCACUGUAAUUUGAUUAGUUUGGAUAUAUAUUUUACCAAUGUGGUAUUGCAUAUAUGUGCGAGUCAAUUAAAUAUUCUAGUGUAGUCCUUAUAGUCUUCAUAAUAAAACACGAUUAUAAGGCUUUUUAUAUGUGAUUAAGCAGUGGCAUACUUUCAGCACACCGUACUUUUGCAUUUAAUAUGACUAUAAAGUUGAUGAGCAUCUGUAAAACAAUAUUUUGGGACAUUUGCUUUUAGAAAAUUAAGGAAUUUGAGAAUUUCAGUGGAAGUGUACUCUUUUAACUUGUGCAGGAAUGUUGCAACCUUUAUUUUUACAAAUUAGCUUUGUGGUUUUAUUUCUUACAAUGUGUUGUAAGCUUACAAACUUAAUUUGAUAAUAUUUUGUAUUAAAGUUGGGAAAGAUUUAACAAAUUAUUGUAAGAAAUAUCUACUGAUCAAAAUAUUAUGGAAGUCUUGAUUAUUAAAUUGGUUUCAGCAACUGGUUUCAUGGUUGAUAGGAAAAUCUCAUUAUAGUUUCUCCCUACCUGUUUCUGAAGGAAAUUUUCUAGAAUACUAGUGUCUUUGCUUCUUCUGACAUCUUUAUUUGAUAAAUAAAAGUACUUACCACACU